AUGCCUUCUUCCAACAGCAACUCUGGCUCCAGCUCCGGCUCCAGCUCCGGCUCGGGCGGCUACUCUUACAGGAGCAGCGGUACCAACAGCCAGGGCAACCACUACUGCUCUCGCGAUUAUGGCUCGUCCGCGUCGAACCAGAACUCGUACCACUACUCCAACGCCAAUGGUUCCUACUACUACUCCAACCCCAACGGCUCUACCUACUACAACGACGGCAAUGGCUACUCUUCUUACAACCGCGGCAAGUAA